CCCUCCUUUCGACACUUGUGUCAUUUGUCCCUCUUUUUGUGAGUCCCUCCUUUCGACACUUGUGUCAUUUGUCCCUCUUUUUGUGAGUCCUUUCCCCCCUUUCCCAGCUGUGAGCCUGGUUUGGACGGGGGUCCCACCACCCGGGACUCCAGGGUCCCCCGCAGCGGAGACGUCAGGCCCGCCUGGGCUUGGGGAAGCCCCCGCUGACUCCUAGGUUCGCCUUGUUCUAAUAGAUAUUUGGAGAGAGAAAAAGAGACUUGAAGAGGCAUUUUAAAAUUGUAUUGAAAUCCUUACUUCUCUUAUGGCCGCACUUCUUUCAGGUCUUGGAUCUGAGGACCGCAACACGAUGUCAAAUGAAAACGAUCAGAAAUCACAGUUGCUCACCAAACCAUCUUUCAGCGAGUUGCAAGCCGCCACACUGGUAGAGUCAAUUUUUGGGUUAAAAGUUUCCAAGGUCAGGGCGCUCCCCAGCUACGAUGAUCAGAACUUUCACGUGCACAUUUCGAAAGAUAACGGAGCUCCAGAAGAGUUGUCGGAAUAUGUCCUGAAAAUCACAAAUAGCGAGUCUAGUAAGAACUCUGACCUGAUUGAAGUGCAAAGCCAUGCCAUCAUGUUUCUGAGGAAGGAGGGUUUUCCAACAGCUGCCCUGCAAAGUACUAAAGAAGGCAACAUAACUUUUCUGAUGACUGUAGACUGUGGCUCAGAAACCAAAAGUUACAUGAUGAGGCUAUUGACUUACCUCCCAGGAAGACCCAUAGCACAAGUCCCCACCACUCCUUCAAUUUUAUAUGAGAUUGGGAAAGUAGCAGCCAAGAUGGAUAAAACUUUGGAAGAGAAAUUCCGCCACCCAGGAAUAAAUAGUCUCCAUCGAGGGGACUUUAUCUGGAACUUAAAGAAUGUACCUCUUUUGGAGAAAUAUGUUCACGCCUUAGAUGGGAAUGGAAAUCGUGAGAUCGUGGAUCAAGUUAUUCAACAGUUCAAAGACAAAAUAUUGCCCAAGUUAAAUCAUUUUCGAUCAUGUAUCAAUCAUGGGGACUUUAAUGACCACAACAUUUUAGUAGAUGUCAGCAGGGCUUCCCCUGAAGAUGCCUCUUAUUGCAUAUCUGGAAUUCUGGACUUCGAUGAUAUGAGCUACGGGUAUUAUGUGUUUGAAGUGGCAAUAACGAUCAUGUAUAUGAUGAUUGAGAGCAAGAACCCUCUUCUGGUAGGAGGCCACGUCCUUGCAGGGUUUGAAAGCAUCGUGCCCCUGACAGCCGAAGAGAGAGAUGCGCUUUUCCUAUUGGUAUGUAGUCGGUUUUCUCAGUCCCUGGUCAUGGCUGCAUAUACUUGCUUACUGUAUCCUGAGAACAAGGAAUACCUCAUGAUUACGGCCAAAGCUGGCUGGAAACACCUACAGCAGAUGUUUGGCAUGGGUCAGAAAGCUGUAGAAAAUAUCUGGUUUGAAAUUGCACAGUCCUACCCACCGGGGAAGCCAGUAUGAUUCUUUAAUUUUGCAGAGAAAGCGCUAUUAAUUUGGGUACACCAAGUCAGGAUUUCCCCAAGCAGUGCAUCACUAUGCUCUGGGAGCCUCCAGCUGGGCCUCAGGAUCUUACUCUGCAGCCGUAUUUAAUUUCACUCAAGUUUGGAAGUGUACCCGCAUAAGCAUAAUGAAGCCCAAGAUGCUGGUGUCCAGAAUGGCAGGAAGGUCCCCCAAUUCUGAACACUUCCAUCUUGGAUUUUACUGUCCAAGUGCGGUAAAAUCCAAGAAGGUGGCAGUUGAAAAGUUCAGAAACACCAUUCUAGGUAAAGACUUGCUUGGAAUCAUUUGACACAAGCCAAUUUUUCUUGUAACUUAAGCCUACAUUUCUGUGAGUUUGGACCAAUUGAAUGGAUCAAUUUUAAAACAAACUAUGACGUGCCAGUUUAAUAGUUCUGAACACAUGAUUUGUUCUUUCUCAUUCUCAUUAUUUUAUGAGAAAACUUAGAUCUAGAUGAAGUGCCAACUGUCCUACCCAUCUAUCUGUUUUUGUCUUUCCAGUUAAAUACAGGCUACUCCAUAACAUGUUCUCACUUCCCAUUUUGGAUAGAACACUUGAAGUAGGGAUUGUUGUUAUGACAGUUAAUUUCUGGGCUGGUCUGGGCCCUAGAUCUGGCUUUGGUAGCCCUUUGGGUAGCCCACAGAGACUGUCCUCCUGGUGACUUGAUAUGGGAUAAAGUAUGGGACUUUAGUAGCCUUAAUGCUCCGUAGGGCCUGAACUCAGUAUAAAGUUUUUUUCCCCCGUUGCUAGGACCUCUUUUCUGUGGAUUUUUUUU